AAAUCCAUCUCUCCGAUAUUUUUUAAAUUUUUUUAUCACACAGUUAUUACCUUAUUGUAUUUUGUAAGUUCAAAAUUUGACUGCAAAAAUGCAUAAAUUGGAUAAUUAGGAGAAAAGUGAACAGAGAAUUGUUGUACGUGAGAAACGAUUUUUUUUUUUGUUUCAUUCCCAUUAAAGUUGGAAGUUGGAACUGAAACGUUCAGUUUUUAGUUCCAAAUUUCCAAUCUCUUACAAAAAUGGCGGCAGUGACAAAGGUUCACUUAUGUACUUUCCAGAAAGACCAACAGUUUUGUUUCAAGGAGCAACAACGGAACUGGCUUAAACAGGGUUGUUUUGUACGGUUACCUGUUAUAACUAGAAACCGUUAUGGGGUUUACGUGCAAAAGUGUCGGUCGUUUAAGGGAGAAGAUGGAGAGGAAGUGAAAGAGAAAGAGAUGGAAAGAGAGAGAAAGUAUGGGGUUUUAAUGGAAAAUGAAGUGAAGUUAGAAAAAGGAGAUGGGUUUUGGAAAUCUUUGAAAUCUACUGUUUUUGGGGUUAGUAAGUUCGGUUCUCAAUCUCAAGAUGAAUAUGAAAAAGCUGUGGCUAAAGUUGAUGAAGUUUUCUCUUCGAUUGCUAUCCAAAUAGGAAGAUAUAUUGUGACCAUGAUGAGCACUGGAGCGAUACUCUUGACUGCUUUUCAGUUGUCCGGUGGGGACAGUCAGAUGGAUACAUUGAUUUGGUAUAGCUGGGUUGGAGGGAUUAUCAUUGGAACCAUGACUGGAGCUAAUAUGGUUCUAGAUGAACACUGUCGAGCCGGUCCAAGAAAUGUUGUUAUAACUGGAAGCACAAGGGGACUGGGAAAAGCACUUGCUCGAGAAUUUCUUCUUUCGGGAGAUCGUGUGGUUGUUGCUUCUCGCAGUCCUGAGUCUGUUCAUAUGACUGUCAAAGAACUUGAGGAAAACCUGAAGGAAGGUAUGACUGCUGGUGGUGGUUCAUCUAGCAAGAAUCUGGAACAAGCAAAAGUGGUUGGCAUAGCAUGUGAUGUUUGCGACUUCAAUGAUGUUGAAAAAUUGGCCAAAUUUGCCACCAGUGAACUUGGUUCUGUUGACAUUUGGAUAAAUAAUGCUGGCACUAACAAAGGUUUUAGACCGUUGCUACAGUUCACUGAUGAAGAUAUUAAACAGAUUGUCUCAACAAACCUUGUUGGUUCUAUUCUCUGCACUCGGGAAGCCAUGCUCAUCAUGAAAAACCAGCCGAAGGGGGGGCACAUAUUUAACAUGGAUGGUGCAGGUUCUGGGGGAUCUAGCACUCCUUUGACUGCUGUAUAUGGGUCAACGAAGUGUGGUCUAAGACAGCUUAAUGCAUCACUUUUGAAGGAGUGCAAACGUUCUAAAGUAGGAAUCCAUACAGCAUCUCCAGGCAUGGUCCUUACAGAUCUGCUCUUAAGGGCAGGGCAUUAUAUGCAGCAGAGGCAGACCGAAUUCGAAAUUGGGCUGAAAACCGUACUCGGUUCUCAUUUACAGAUGCAAUGGAUAUGUACACAGAAAACACUUGGGUGUCUGUGUUCUCACUUUCAGUUGUUUGUGCCUUCAUUAUCCUUUCUAGUACGAGCAGCACAUUACCCGGCACCUGAGACUUCGCAGUCAUAAUCCGAAGGCAUCAAGACUACAGUAUAGCAGUGCUCUCAGUGAAGGAGCCAAGUAUGAUGCCUGUCGUUGUAGAAGUGACAUAUGGUACGAUUCUAAAGCCCAAACAGCCGUUUUUUGGUUGGUUUUUUUCGCCUGCAACCUCUCAGGAUAGGCAUUUAUCUAACCUCCAACUCAUCGGUUUGUCUUACACAUAAGCCCAUAUGUUUUGACUUCCAAGUAUAUGAAUACUGGUUUGGACAAGAUUUAUGGGUUCUGAAUACAGUAGCAGAUAGACAUUAGAUUUUUAUUGAAGCAUUUUUUAUUCCUAAACUUGUAACAUGUAUUCAUGUAAUGAAAUUUAGAUCCUUCCUUUAUUCUUACUUGCUAGUAUUAGAUGUUAAAAACCAUUCUAAGAGCACUCUUUCUGCAAAGGGCUUUUUACUUGUUUCCCCAGUCCCCACGCACAAUUCUAGGCCCAUAGGUUCCCUUGCAUUGCUUGUUUAUUGCAGACUCGGCCGUGCCUUUUGGGUUGGAUGUGCAAAAAACUCAAUCAGAGAUCAAAUA